CUCGAUUUCUUGGCUUAUUGUUAACUUGGGGCUCUUUGUCCGGUUGACUUUGAGUGUUGCAACUUGUUCGGAUGGCUGCAGUCGAAGAUAUUGACGUAGAAGCUCCUACUACUCCUGCUUCUCAGGCUAUGGCUACUCAAGGGCAACAGGGUCAGCCUCAGAACUGGAGCACUGCGAAAAGCUGCAACUACUGUGGCCAAAAGCCUCGAUACGUCGAUCCACAGACAAAGCAAGAACACCAAUACUGUGGUCAAAAGUGCUCCGAGGCCGAUCAGGCUCGACGAGCCUCUCAAGCGAAACCUCUGCCGCAGGUGCAACACAAGCGCCCUCUGAGCGCGCAGGAAGACAAACCUGGGAUGAUGGACACGCUUCGGGAGAAGUUCGGCUCAUCUGGACCCAAACGAGACAAUAAGCCUAAGACAAGAGCUGAUGAAAAGGCCCAGUGGGUUACCUCGCCCGCGUUCAAAGAACCGGAGAUCGAAAUGUGUGAAGUUUGCGGCCGUAGGCCUAAGUACAAAGACGAGAAGAGGAACAUUACACAUCCUUAUUGUGGGAAGACUUGCGCCGAUGCACAAGCUAAAGCCUCGGGACUUGCACAAGCCCCGUCCUCAGCCCCUCAAUCUGCUGUGAACCCCAAACCUGAUAACGAAAGUAAUGCCAACCCAGCUUCCUCCUCAAGCACAAGCUCUACACCGACCUCCAGAUUCUCACCAGAUGGCGAUCCCACAACCCCUAACAGCACAAAUCAACGCGCAAUUUUGUUCUACCACCAAGGGGCCCCUUACUACGGCUUUACGAACUUCUCUGCCCAUCCAAUCGAGUACCUUAAUCGGGUGUAUCCCACGAGCGAGCACUUGUUCCAAGCGUUGAAGUUCAUGAAGAACGAUCCCGAUAUCGCGGAGGCGAUACGAAAGUGCAAGACGCCUCGGGACGCUUUCGAUGAAGCACACCGCUCACAAUCAAAGGUACGCGGAGAUUGGUUCGAUGUCAACAUCAAGAAGAUGGAGAAAGUACUCUCCCUCAAGUUUCAGCAACAUCCUUCUCUCAGAAAAGAGCUGCUCGAGACGGGAGAUGCGCUCCUAGUAGAGGACUCGGACAUGGACUCUUUCUGGGGAAUAGGCGCGAAUCGACAAGGAAAGAACGAGCUCGGGCGAUGUCUGAUGCGACUGAGAGACUCGAUUCGAGCUUCGCUCGCAGAAGGUUAAAUUCAUCUAUCUUUCUUGUAAGAAGAGCCACUGUGCUGUAUUGAUGGCGAGCAUUUGUACAACUAGGAGGAUGUAU